AUGCCCGCGACCGUAAGGAUGAGCAAUGAAGAGGUCACUGGAGUUCAGAGGCGGUAGUUAUCAGUUGCGUCAGAGAGCUGGUGAGGACUAUAUAGAGUGGCGCCAGCAAACAGCAGUUAGACAAAGACAAGUUUUACUUCUGAAAACUGAGAAAACAGAUCCGUACUGUGAAGAAAUGAGGCUGCCAAUCGCCAUCGCUGUGCUCGUUUUGGCUGUGAUUGCCAACUCAGAAGCAGAGGAGCCCACACUGGAGGAGCAGUUCACUACUUUUCAGAACCAGAUGAAAGAAUUCGCUGAUAAUGUUGCAGAAAAGACUAAGUCCACCCUGGACCAGAUCCAUCAGAGUGAAUUCGCUGCCAAGACCAGGAGCUGGUUCUCUGAGCAGUUGGACAAGAUGAAGCAGAAGAUAGACGAGACCUUCCAGCAGAAAUAGGCUGUUUAUUUGACGAUGCAUCUGUUCCCUACCUGUUCUCCCUGUUUUCUAUGCUGCCCCAUUUCCCCUGCUGCUGUGGUGACUUGGCUAGGUGUGCCCUGACCGAAAGCCCUGCUCAAAUUUAUUCUGUUUCAGUCCUUUUGUUGUUUAAAAUUACUCAUCACCUGCCAGACUAAAACAAUGCUGAAAUGUUAAUACAUGCAAAAAAAUAAAAACUGAAACAAAAAGCUA